AUGGCCUAUCCAAGACCAAGGUGGAAUGCCAUGUCCAUUGCUGGGGAAGAAGUGUACCCAGAACAGCCUAUGGAGAUCCGGGUCUCCCAGCUAAUCCAGAGACGCGGACCCUCAGCUCUUGCUGCCCGACAGGAGGCCGUGGAUACCCCUGCGCUGCAGACCCCUGCUGCAUCUAGCUUACCUGAGCUACCGGAGAUGUCUGAGGAGAGCGAUGAAGUACCGGUUCCUGACAGCAGUGUCCCAGACUUGGUAAUCGAGUACCAAGAGGCCGUGGAUCCCUCCGCUGUGUACAGUGCACCCGCAGAAGCUGACGAACCUGUCCGGAUGGAUGUGGACGUUGUACCCGCUCCCGCAGAGGCCGUCGCUGACGUCACCCCUCCAGCAAAGAAGAAGGCCGCGAUCCAGGUGGCGCCUGAAUCCGGAGAGGACCAGCGGAGGACACUGGAACCGGCCACCCGGCCACGACAUCAGGUGCAGCCAUGUUUCAUACCCCCCUAUGUGCUCCCAUGGAAGCAGUCCCAGUCAACUGUUCCAGCACUCCCUGAGCCACUGAAGCCAGAAGUUCUUCCCCUUCCUGCACCGGCUGUGGAUCCCGGUUUGCAGCAAGCUACGGCUACAUUCUCCAGGCUGGCUGUACUUUCAAUACCUACUGUCACAGGUAGAGGUCGCUGGCGUACCACAGUCAAUACCACCUUAAGCCUCCAGCAGAGGCAAGAUGUCCCUCUCAUGAGGUUCAGCAGCUCCAGUAGUGACGAGGAGCUAGACACCUACCUGUAG